AUGGGCAAAUCUGACAUGCCAGUUUACUGCCUGCUUCGUCUGGCUCUGCACUGCGAGUGUCGGCGCAGGCGGAUCGAUCGUGUCUGGUUCAAAUUCAACCGGUCCGCGAUUGGCUCUGGCGCUAGAAGGCCGAGACUGGACAUGACGGCAGUCUGCUGCCUCCACGUCGGUCAGCCGAUUAGCGAGACGACGACGAGGCGAAUUCGCAUGACGCACACCUCAGCCUCCUGCUCGUGCACACGCACGCCGCGUCAGCCUGUCGGGCUGUACAGAUACGAGUGA